CUCGUACAUAGAAUUUUUUGAAUCGUCGUGACUCAUGCAGGGAGGGAGCCAUGACUCGUGGAAUUCCGAGCUUGGCAUGGAUUUCUCCCACAGCCACCCCGUCGCCUGCCUGCCCGCGACUCUUCGACUUCCAACGCAAAGAUUCCACAAACUGAUCUUCUUCUUUUGAUACUUCUCGCUUGAAAAUUCCCAUUGUACUCGACUCAUUCCUGAAACGGACAUAUUAUCGGAAGAUGAGGCCUAUACUCUUGCAAGGCCAUGAGCGUUCGCUCAACCAAAUCAAAUACAACAAAGACGGCGACCUCCUUUUCUCGGUUGCGAAAGACAAAGUUAUCUGCGCAUGGUUCACUAGCAAUGGCGAAAGACUAGGAACAUACAACGGCCACCAGGGUGCGAUCUGGACUGUCGAUGUAUCCCCGAAUACCGAACUCCUUGCCUCCGGGGCCGCAGACAAUACGAUAAAGUUGUGGAAUAUUCGAACUGGUGAGAACGUGAAGACUUGGGAGUUCCCGACCGCCGUCAAACGGGUUGCGUUCAGUGAAGAUGGAAAACAAUUGCUGGCAGUUACAGAAAAGCGAAUGGGAUACUUGGGGACCAUAGUGGUCUACGACAUCCGAUACGGCGAUGACUUGACAGAUCAGACCGACGAGUACAGCUUGAGGAUCACGUGUGAGGAAAGCAAGGCCACAGUCGCGGGAUGGAGUUACCUGGACAAGUACAUCAUCUCCGGACAUGAGGACGGGUCUGUGACCCAAUGGGAUGCAAAGACCGGCGAACUUCUGAUGACCCAAGAAGCCCAUGAGUAUGACACUACCAUCAAUGACUUGCAGUUUUCUCCCGACCGGACCUACUUCAUCACAGCUGGAAAAGAUAAGACGGCCAAGAUCCUUUCCUCCCGAGACCUGAGCGUUCUCAAGUCGUAUACCGCCGACACACCCUUGAACACCGCUGCGAUCACUCCCAAGAAGGACUUUGUCAUCCUAGGAGGCGGCCAAGCCGCGAUGGAAGUCACUACAACAUCUGCUCGACAAGGCAAAUUUGAAGCUCGCUUCUACCACAAGAUCUUCGAGGAUGAAAUCGGUCGCGUCCGAGGUCAUUUCGGCCCCCUCAACACCAUCGCCGUGCAUCCACAAGGCAUCGCAUACGCCAGCGGCGGCGAGGACGGCUACGUCAGAAUGCACGCUUUCGACAAGGCCUAUUUCGAUUUCAUGUACGAGGUGGAAAGAGAGCAAGCACGGAAGUGAACCAAACUGCGGUUUCUCUUUCGACAUGAUACCCCACAGUAAUGCAAUGUAUGAACUAUGAUGGAUUGAAAUAGCCAAGAGCGUUUAUGAGCAACUCCAUACAAAGGGUCACGGAUUCUCGUCCCGGAACGUGCUUUACUGUCCAGGCAGUCCCAGGUCAAUGUCAAUUGGUCUCAAUCUCCAAUGAUUGAGCAUUUGGAAUUACUCCUAUGAAAACCGAGGUAGCGGUGCUACUGCUCACAUCGAAGAGCGAGGAGCGGACACAGAUUAAGCUGGAACACGCGUCUUUAUUUUCGCGGACUUCAGGGCGACACGAAUCCACCACGACGGUCCAGCCUCUUGUUGCCUCGGCGAGUGUAAACAAGGAUACGAAUGGUUGGUCUCUGCCGGCACGCUUCAACCACAAUUUCCUCUCACAUGUCGAUGCGAAAAUGGCCCCGGCGUCAAAUGCGAUAUACACCUCUCGUAGGUGUAUCCGUAUUGCUCCCCCCGCCCGGUGACUGCGGUUUCGCAGCCUCAAGAUCACCUCUCUGCUGAGCUGCAGGCAUAGCCCGCAUUCAGGGCCUGGAAGCGUUUAAGGAGGAUGGCGAAAUGGUAUUGUGGAGGGGGAACAAAAGACAUGAGUGAUCAACAACGAUCCGACAUGAGGGUUAGAAAUCGAUGUCCACAACGCGAGUUCCGUGCUACCUGAUAGACCUACAUACUCAAAAUUCAGUGUACGAGAUGGCCUAAGUCUAGACGAUCAAUGUCAUUCGCUGCCGAUUGUUCGUAGUUAGCACCGAGUCUCAGCAUCGCGUGAAAACACACACAC